AUGGUCAAAGAAAUUCCUUUAGGCAACAAUGAAGGGAAAAAAAAUGACAAUGAGUCCUCAAUUGGAGUACUAGCAGAACAAAGUCAGGCAGAGACCGAAAUUCGUAAUUUAGAAUCACAAACAGCUGAUGUAGGAACCAACAGUGGUUCUAAUACUAGGGAGCCGGAAUUGGCCCGUAAACCAACUGCUAAUGCAUCGUCUAAUACAUUUAAAACCAAUGAUGCUUAUGAUGUAGCAGCUUAUGGUGACCAGAAAAUGACUAAAAUAUCUUACUUCGAUCCUUUUGGGGUGUUUCCCGAGCUAGAGAGCGACUUACUUGAAAGGCUUCCGCUAGUGAAUCUACAUUGGAAUCAGUCUGGGGGCCCAUUGCGAUCCAUCCCAAGUCUAGAUGUUGAAUUAGUAAAAGAAUCGUCAGAGAGCUCCCAGGUAGUGCCUCAUCAAAUGUUGGGAUUAUCAGAUACCCCUUACUUGAAGCUAAUUUUCGUUAAAUGCGAGGAUAAUGAUACAUAUCGCUCGUCUGUGAGGAGGAUGAUCAGAGAAUGGCUCUCCAAAUUAAUGUCGGUACGUGAUCCGACUGAGUGGUUAAUUAUACAUUACGUUCCAAUGGGGUCCAGAGCCUACUCGGGAAACAGAUUUCGAUCCGGCGUUUUUGACAAGAUCCGUGCUGAUUUCAAUUCGGGUUCAAAGAAAGACCGUUGCAUUCAGAUUAGAAAAGAUAUAUCACAGGCAAGCAUUUCCGAAAUUGAGGUAAUGGAGACUUGGAGCGAUACCAUGACAAAAAUCAAGGAUGGGGUUUUGGAAGCAUUCACUAGACGGGUAACACUUUACCAAGAGGAGGUUGAGAAGUUAGAAGCUAAGAAAACUAUAAUGGGCUGGAACUAUGGAACAUUUUUCGUUAUGAAAGAAGGACUAGCGUUGUCAUUUGAGAAUAUCAGCUUGUUCGAAGAUGCUUUGUUAGUAUAUGACCAGUUGGAAGAUUCGUUUACUCAAUCAAUGAACCAAAACAAUGCUGCAUUCUUCACAAGUGUUGGAUUUGAUGAAAAUUUAACGGAUGAAGGGUCCAAAAAUAGGAGCAGUUCUUCUUUACUGCGGCUAGGUGAAGAUAAAUUAAUCCGACAUCAAAUAAUGGCGAACACUAUUUCGCUCUUUGAAUUCCACUGUUAUUUAUUUGCCCGCCAAGCCAGUUUGCUAUUGUACAUUUCCAAGGCAAGCUCAUCAGCAUCUAUUUCGGCUUUGAAGAUAGCUGAAUUAUAUGGAAGACUUCGGUCUUUUAUUUCAGAAAUUGAGAGUCUUCUUCUUUCAAACAAAAAGAAUCGACUGCUCAUUGCAGAAUGGUCGUACAAUGUUGUCAAACAGUUUCUAAAAGCGAGUGAAUCUUUGCCCGAAGGAAUCGUUAAGGAGGUGUCUCAAGGGCGCGGUGAGAUGUUAAUGAUUUGUCGGAAAUCGCUUGAGACUCUAGGUGCAGGCCGUAAAUUUUACAUUGAAGACGUACUGUCAGACGUAUCUCUAGAUGAUUCAGAAUCUGAAACUGAGGAUGUCCCAUAUCUAGAUCUUAUUAUCAACAGAAACGUCGACAUAAAACACACCCUAGAGAGUCCAGAGAAGUUUUAUUCUAAAUAUCGAGAGCUUACGCUAGCAGCUAGAAUUCAAUUUGAUCUAGCUGAUAGGGACCGCAUUGUUGAUCGUCUGUCAGCACAACUGGCAUUAUUGGACUUUCAGAUGAAGGACUACGAGGCUACCAUGAGAGUAUUAGAAAGUAUUCCUCGAGUUUACGAGCGCCAAGGCUGGGAACGCAUAUCUACUUAUCUUCUUAGUAAAUUAGUAGAAUCUCUAGAGAAAAUUAGAACAGGGGAGAAUAGCAAUUCAAACAAGGACAAAUUAUUUACCUAUUCACUAGAGCUACUUAAAAGACACCAAUACCUAACAACACCUGAAGUUGCAACUUUGCUUGGUGGUAUCAGCGACCUCUCUAAUCAACAAACGAUCAGUGCCAUCGAAGAUAAUCUUGAUAUUUGGGCAGAAACGUUUGUACCACCUUACAUUCAUUGUCGCGAGCUCUCUCAUGGGACGUACCUGAUAUACUGUGAUGCUAAGUGCCGUUUCAAAUUGCAAAACCUGUCGUUCGACUACGGAACUAUAAGUUUGAUAAAUGAAAGGAAGGAAAAAAUCACAUUCCGUAUCGAAAACCCAUCUUUCGGCUUUGAUGGCGUCACUCGUUUAGAGUUCGAAGGAAAUAGAUUUAUUCAGGGUGCUCUGAGUGUAGAAAGCAUCAAGUUUGUUAAGAAAAAACUUAGUCUCAUCAAGGACAUGACCUUGCCUGAGCUCUCUGGUUCGAAAACAGUUCAGUUUUAUCCUUCUCCUGAUGUUCUGUGGGCUUCUCUAAAACUAUCAAGUCCAUUAGAUCUUCUUAAGAAACAAGCUUGCUUAAUUAUAUAUGUUAAGCAUGAUACCAGUGAGUUAAAGGUACGACUGAGGUCAUCCAUACCUGAAGUAAAACUCAACCCCUCAGGUGGGAAUGCCUUUAUUGUGUCUCAGGAAGAUCGACUGUCUUUGCUACAAACUAGGUUUGUGCAGCCUUCUUUCAUAAUCGAUAAUAUUAAAGCCGAUUCAAAGUUACAGGUAAAUAUCCCGUUUACCUUUGAGAACCAAGGUGGUCUGAUUGACAUAAAAGUGACUAUAGAUUAUACGACAGAACAAGGCACAUUUCAGCAUUCAUUCUCAAGUUCUCUAAACACAGAUUUGGCUAUUGAUGUAAAUGUUUUGGACUUCUUUAGAAGCACAAAGUUGUUUUCAAGAUUUUCUGUGUCUUGCAAGGAUACAAAAGAACCUGUUAGAAUUGAAAUGGUUGAUUUAAGAGAGUCAGAUCAUUAUAAUACUUCAUCACCGAAACGAACAGAAAAUAUUGCAGCUUUUCCUGGGAAUCCAGUUUCUUAUUCGUUCUGCAUAUCUCAUAAAGAAAACAAGCCAGCGUCACCUUCUGAAGACCUAAAUUUGUCGAUUCGUCAUAGAUAUCUGAGAGAUGGUAAGUACUAUUGGGGCAUUAACAGGAUUGAGUAG